AUGGAGGGUCUCCCGGAGCCACUACUUGCGGAAAUCAUCAAGAGGAUUACGAGGACAAGCGAUCUGAAUGCUCUUUCCCUAGUGUCAAAGCAGCUCUACAAUGCUGAGGCCGAGGAAAGGGUUACCAUCCGCGUUGGCUGUGGCCUUCACCCUGCAACAAAAGCCUUGUCAUCGCUCUGCUUCCGGUUUCCCAACUUGUGGAAAGUAGAGAUCAAUUACUCCGGUUGGACAUCCAAACAAGGGAGUCAGUUAGACAACCGAGGGAUUCUUGUGCUUUCGUCUCGGUGCCCUUUGCUGACGGAUCUCACCUUAAGCUUCUGCUCCUACAUUAAUGACACUGGUAUUGGUUAUCUAGCGAAUUGCAAGAGGCUCAAGGCCCUCAGGCUGAAAUUUGCCCCAGCUAUAAGUUCUAGUGGGCUUCUCUCGGUAGCGGUCGGGUGCAAGAGUCUAUCUGCUUUCCAUCUCGUUGACUGCAUGAAAGUAGGCAGUGUGGAGUGGCUCGAGUACCUUGGCAGGGCUGGAUCAGUGGUAGAACUUGUGGUGAAGGAUUGCAAGGGAAUCAAACAGUAUGACCUCCUAAAGUUCGGUCAAGGAUGGAUGAAGCUUGAAAAUUUUGAGUUUCAGAUCAGCAAUUGCUGGUUAUCAGGGACUCCUUCUAAUCCCUCUUAUGAUGCUCAGCACCCGUAUAAAUAUGAUCUCAGUUGUGAAAAUCUGAAGGAUUUGAGGUUGGCACAUAUUAUACCUGUGCCGAUGUUGGGGCAUAUUGUAGCUGUGCCACAUACUGGACUCCAUUUUCUUUUGAGAAAGUGCAAAGCAUUGGAGAGACUUUGCCUGCACUAUGUUACUGGUUUAGAGAAGAGCGAUAUGAUUGCACUGUUCCAGAACUGCAGCAACCUUAGAAGCUUCACACUCCACGAAUGGCCUACGGCGAGGAUGCCACUGACUGAUAAAACCCUUGUGGUUCUAGGUCGCAGCUGCCCUAUGCUUGAGGUUGUCGAACUGUACUUCCCAUAUUGUUCCAAUACGUAUCUAUCAGAAAUAUGCUUAACACAGGGUAUUGUGAUGCUGGUUCAGUCUGCUCCCGUUCGUGUUCUAACGCUUAAUGGCAUCGGAAAUUUUGGUGAUGAGGGAAUGAGGGGCCUCUCAUCUGCACAAUUCUUGGAGACACUCGUGCUUGCAGAUUGUGAAAUGAUAACUGAUUCUGGGAUAAGUUUCUUAUCGUGCACACCGUCCUUGAGCAAUCUCACUCUCCAACAAUGCAAUAAAGUAACUGAUAAUGGAAUGGCUGAGCUGAACAGAAAGUGGGAGAACCGGAGGAGGCAGGAGAUAAAUUGCUCUCACCAAAUGCUGUUUGAUCAAGGGUUUAGAUUACCGAUGUUAUUUGUUAUGCCUGGGAUAGCAGUGCAAAAUCACUGA